AUGACUAGCGUCAGCAACGCGGGGCAACCGAACCCCUCCUCCGACCUGCGCAUCGAAGUCAUCACGCAGGAAGAGGACUUCCACCAAGCCGCCGAAGUCUCGAUCAACGCCUUCGGUCAUCAAGUACACGAUGGCGUCUACGUGGCCAUGAACCCCGGCUGGGACACCCCCGAGGGCGUGGCAGCCUCCGGCGAACGCAUGGCGAGCCGUUGGCGCUCAAUCACCGAGGACAACCAAGGUCGCCCGAACACCGUCUUCCUCAAAGCGACAAUCCCGGACCCGGACAACGAGGGACGUCGUCGGAUCGCCGGCCUCGCCAUUUGGAUGCAGGCUUCAGCCGUGGAAGGCUACGGCGAGCCGCACCCGACGGACCUCAAGAAGGCUCUCGGCCUCGAGUCCUUGUACCCCGGCAACGAGUCCGAGCAGCGUUACCUCGCGCAGUGCAUGGCUUCGCUUCACAAGCAGCGCGCCGAGGUUAUCAAGCAGAAGGCGACGGCGAGCCCUCCGGCUGUGUUCGUUUUGGACCUCUGCGCCGUGGAUCCCAAGUUCCAAGGAAGAGGUGCUGCCAAGAGAAUGGUCCAGUGGGGCCUUGAUGAAGCUCAACGACGAGGUGGCAUCGAGUGCAUUCUCGAGGGAUCGAGCAUGGGAAGACACGUUUACUCCAAGUUGGGCUUUAAGCAGGAAGGCCCUGAGAUGGAGUACACUGUUGAUGAAGAGUUCUUGGACCGCAAGAGGCCGUCAAACAUCUUCAUGCGUACGGGAACUGCGUAG